UCGUACAAUGACAGGAUUAUACAGAGGCAACAACCCUCUCCUCCCUACCUGCUCUUCCUCUAUCCUCAGACUCUACAUCUACUACAUUCCCCGCUUCCUUCUCACUUUCCAAAAACACGGCGCACCACAUACACGUCAGGGGGAGGAGCGAGGCUUGGGACGCACAUACUCUUCCGCUUUGACUGCUGUUGGAACGCAGAGGUGUCUUUGCUUUUCCCCGGCAUGGAGUCAGAUGCUUGGCAGGUGGUAAGCAAGAGGAAGGCGGGCAAGAAGUCACAGCAGAUUAAAGGAAACUCACUUUGUAAAGAUGAAGGAUCUUCACAAGCUCUGGAUCUGGAUGUAAAUGUUAAAGAUGUCAUUAAAAAAAUUAGGGACACCAUGGAAAACCUAAGAAUAUCUGACUUUUGGAAAUCCUGUCAAGGUUGUCUUCACAAAUGUCAAAAUCUAGCUCCAGCAAUUUCAAAAGACAACAGUGACAAUGGAGAGUUAAUGAAAAAUCCGUGCCUUGAGGAAGCUGUGCCUUCUCACCGUGGUCUCCAAGACUAUGAAUGUGUCUGUUAUGGUCUGGGAAAUUUCGCUUCAUGUGUCAUAUCUCGGCAUCAGCUGGCUUUCUUACUGCUAUUCCUCAAACAGUUUAAGAUUCCAUAUCAGCAGUGUUAUGUUUUUGAUCCAGUGUUUUCCUCGUUGGAGAUUUCUGUGCUUCAAGAAUUGGACUUAAACAUUAUUUGCAAAAAUGAGGAAGGAAAGCGUGGUGUGCAGAAACCCACAGUGUUCUAUAUGCUACAUUGUGGCAAGGCUCUUUAUAACAACUUGCUGUGGAGGAACUGGUCAUUGGAGGCUUUGUCACAAAUAAUUAUCAUUGGCAACAGUUUCAGAGGGAUUGAAGAACGAUUGCUAUCCAGAAUUUUGCAAAGAGACUAUACUUACAUCUUUAAGAGUUUACAAGCCGUAGAAGAAACAUUGUUUCCGGAGUGCCCGAAGUACAGCGAUAUCUUUAAUGACACAUCCAUACAUAGCUUUCCUCUUACCAAAUUAGAAACUUUUCCUAAAGAUCUAUGGCAGCUUCAGGAGGAACCUCGAUACGAAGAGUGUGGUGACCUGGAGAUCAUCCGAAAUCUUACAAUAUAGUACUGAAAGUACUCUGAAAGGACUGCACAUCUUCAUAAUAUGACAACUUUGCUAGUGCCCUGUAGUUCUAUAGACAUGGUUUUAUCUAGGAUUGCACAGAAUUGUGUUGGUUUACUUUCAGGUAUGGGCAAAUAAACUAGGACUGCGCUCUGCUGAAGCCAAACAGAAUUCAUACAAAUUAUGUCGGUGUCCCUCAUGAACUGGACACAUUUCAAUCCAUGUAUGGUCAGCUUUAACCACUUAAGACCUGGACCAUUACGUAGGUAAAGGACCUGGCCAAUUUU